AUCAUCAUCAUCAUCUCAUCAUCUCUCUCUCUCUCUCUCUCUCUCUCUCUCUCUCUCUCUCUCUCUCCAAUAAGAGGAAAAAGAAGGAGAAAAGAAAGACAGCUUUAUUCCAUUUACCAAAUCGACUAUAGAAGCCAACACGAUCUUCUCUGAUAGAUAGUGAAAAGGGUCUGAGUUUUGCCGAUACACUAUGUUGCCGAGGAGUCGAACUCUUCCGUCGAGAAUUCACAAUGGAAUCUUGGAAGAGAGGCAUGACAUAAGGUCGUACUUUGAAGUGGAAGCCCAGCCUAAGCCCCAUGCCGAGAGCGAAGCCAUAAACCCUCAGUCCAACUACUCCAAGUGUUUCGACGAUGAUGGCCGGCUGAAGAGAACAGGGACAUUUUGGACGGCGACGUCGCACAUAAUAACGGCAGUGAUAGGGUCGGGAGUGCUGUCGUUGGCAUGGGCCAUGGGGCAACUGGGGUGGGUUGCCGGCCCGACGGUGAUGAUUCUCUUUGCCUUUGUCAACCUCUACACCUCCAAUCUUCUCUCGCAAUGUUAUCGUUCCGGCGACCCCAUCACUGGCCAGAGGAACUACACUUACAUGGAUGCUGUUAAGGCCAACUUAGGGGGUAAAAGGGUUAUGUUAUGCGGGUUAAUCCAGUAUCUCAAUCUGUUUGGGGUCGCAAUCGGGUACACCAUCGCUGCAUCUGUGAGCAUGAUGGCAAUAAAGAGAUCGAACUGCUUCCACAAAAGGGGCAGGAAAGAUCCGUGCCACAUGUCAAGCAACGGGUUCAUGAUCACCUUCGGAGUGAUGGAGAUUUUUCUAUCUCAGAUCCCAGAUUUUGAUCAAGUUUGGUGGCUCUCCAUUGUAGCUGCCAUCAUGUCUUUCACUUACUCCACAGUUGGUCUUGGUCUAGGGAUUGAUAUGGUUGCAGAGAAUGGGAAAUUUAAAGGAAGCCUGACCGGCAUAAAGAUAGGGACUCCAACACAUGCUGGAGCUGGAGUUGUCACUUCAACACAGAAGUUAUGGAGGAGUCUCCAAGCUCUGGGAGCUAUCGCUUUCGCUUACUCUUUCUCUAUCAUCCUCAUUGAGAUCCAGGAUACAGUCAGGUCACCUCCUGCUGAGCACAAGACCAUGAAGAAGGCUACUCUGCUCGGCAUCAUAGUAACCACUGUCUUCUAUUUGCUUUGUGGAUGCAUGGGCUAUGCUGCUUUCGGAGAUCUUGCUCCCGGAAACCUCCUGACUGGGUUCGGGUUUUUUGACCCUUAUUGGCUUCUCGACAUUGCUAAUGCCGCAAUCCUCAUCCACCUUGUGGGUGCAUAUCAGGUCUAUUGCCAACCUCUGUUUGCAUUCAUUGAGAAAUGGAGUGCACAGAAGUGGUCGAAGAGUGACUUCGUCACCGCGGAGUACGACAUACCGAUCCCUUUCUAUGGCGUGUACCAGCUUAACUUCUUCCGAUUGGUAUGGAGGACAUUGUUUGUUAUCCUCACCACAGUCAUAGCCAUGCUCAUGCCCUUCUUCAACGAUGUCGUCGGGAUCCUCGGGGCCUUCGGGUUCUGGCCUUUGACGGUGUAUUUCCCAGUGGAGAUGUACAUAUCCUCAAGGAAGAUCAGGCGGUGGUCAACCAGGUGGGUGGGACUGCAGAUACUGAGCAUGACGUGCCUCUUGAUAUCUGUAGCUGCUGCCGUUGGCUCUGUGGCUGGAGUCGUGCUUGAUCUGAAGACAUACAAACCUUUCAAGACUAGCUACUGAGAGUACAGAUUGAUCAGUAUACAAUACAAGCUUAGAAGGUUCUUAAAGAAGCGUAAGUUUUGGACUCUUGAUGUUGUUAAGUGAGAGAGGACAUCAAAAUAAAUCUCAAAUCUUCCUCAAAAGGAAUAAAAGAAAAGAUUUCCCUGUUGUCUUUACACGGUAA